AUGCCCGAACACUCUGAAGUUGCGCGAAUAGUCCACUUCAUCCGCAAACAUUUAGUCGGCAAGACUCUUUCCAAGGUCCAAGCACAGCACGAUGAUAUUGUCUACGGCAAGGUUGGCACCAGUGCUGCCGAAUUUCAAAAGGCAAUGCAAGGAAAGAAGGUGGUAGGCGCUGGACAACAAGGCAAAUAUUUCUGGAUCACGAUGUCCUCGCCUCCUCAUCCAGUGAUGUAUUUUGGCAUGGCAGGGUGGUUGAAAAUCAAGGAUGCCGACACAUAUUACUAUCGUACAGACAAACCAGCCGACAAGGAGUGGCCACCGAAAUAUUGGAAGUUCUUGCUGGAGACAAGCGAUGAGCCCAAGACAGAAGCCGCAUUUGUGGAUCCCCGCCGGUUGAGCCGUAUCCGACUGGUGGAUUGUCCCAUCGACGAAAUUCGAGAGCAUACGCCUCUGAAGGAGAAUGGGCCUGACCCGAUCGCAGAUAAGGAUAUUGUCACCGACUCUUGGUUAAUAGAGAAGUUGAGAAGUAAGCGAGUGCCAGUGAAGGCCCUGCUGCUUGACCAAGCAAAUAUCAGCGGGAUUGGAAACUGGAUGGGAGAUGAGAUCCUAUACCACGCCAAGAUUCACCCGGAGCAAUACAGUAACACACUUUCUGAUGAUCAGAUCAAAGAGCUUCAUACUGCGAUGUAUUAUGUCUUCACAACUGCCUUGGAUGUCCUGGCGGACUCGGAGAAGUUCCCUGAGCAUUGGCUCUUCAAACAUAGAUGGGGCAAAGGAAAAAAGAACCAACCUUCUGCUCUUCCAAAUGGAGACAGAAUUACAUUCAUAACUGUGGGUGGCAGAACAAGUGCUGUGGUUCCUGCAGUGCAGAAGAAGACUGGUACGGUGGCCAAAGAUAUUGACCAGAAAGAGAAUGGGGCCUCGGCUUCGAAGAGAAAACGUGCCAUCAAGGAAGAGAGUGACUCUGAGGCUGAAACAAGCCCGGAAGCCAAAGAAUCCAAAGGCCGAGUACCCAAGAGAAAAAGCGCUCCAGCUGUUAAGAAGGAAGAACCCGAAGAUAAGAAAGUAGAUACCACGGGUAUUGUGAGACGUCGGUCCACUCGGUCCAGGAAAUAG